AACGAAAGACACCCCUUUCACCUCGUCCUUCAACACUCCCUCGAGCCAUCUCCCGUCCUCCCCCCGAAGCCCCCUUCCGGUUCCGCUGACUCGCUCUGCGGAUCGAUCUCUCUCAUCUUUUCUCCCCCUCCUUCGCUCAUACACAAAAAAUACCCCACCAUCACCAUGGAUGUGAACCCCAAGUACGACCACUACGACUUCCCUACCCAGGGACCCGAGAAGCAAGAUGGCCACGCUGGCUACCUCACAGAGGAGCAGAUCGCCAAGGUGCACCAGUUUCGGAUGCUCCUCGAGGCCGAGGGCGUGACUGAACGAUUGGACACUCUGACUCUGCUUCGAUUCCUCCGAGCGCGCAAGUUUGACGUCGAGCUCUCAAAAGCCAUGUUCUUGGACACUGAGAAAUGGCGAAAGGAGACCAAGCUGGACGAGACCGUUCCUACCUGGGACUACCCCGAGAAGGCUGAGAUUAGCAAGUACUACACUCAGUUCUACCACAAGACCGACAAGGAUGGCCGACCCAUCUACAUCGAGACCCUCGGCGGCAUUGACUUGACUGCCAUGUACAAGAUCACCACCGCCGAGCGUAUGCUUCAGAACCUUGCUGUCGAGUACGAGCGCGUCGCCGACCCCCGUCUCCCUGCCUGCUCCCGCAAGGCUGGCCAUCUCCUUGAGACCUGCUGCACCAUCAUGGACCUCAAGGGUGUCUCCAUCGGCAAGGUUCCCCAGGUGUACUCCUAUGUCAAGCAGGCUUCCGUCAUCUCUCAGAACUACUACCCUGAGCGCCUGGGCAAGCUUUACAUGAUCAACGCUCCCUGGGGCUUCUCCACCGUCUGGAGCAUCGUCAAGGGCUGGCUCGACCCCGUUACCGUGUCCAAGAUUAACAUUCUGGGCUCGGGCUACAAGAGCGAGCUCCUCAAGCAGAUUGAGGCCGAGAACCUGCCCAAGCAGUUUGGCGGCUCCUGCGAGUGCCAGGGCGGUUGCGAGAACAGCGACGCCGGCCCUUGGCACGACCCCCAGUGGGCGCGUCCCGCCUGGUGGGAGAAGAACCAGGAUGACAAGGUUAUUGAGAACAAGGGCUCCGAGAUUGAGGCUCCCGCGGGCGAGAAGGCCCCCGAGGUUGCCCCCAUCGCUGAGAAGGACGAGGCUGCCCAGCCUGCGCCUGCUGCUGCUUAAAGGAGUGAGUGAAUGUGUUUUGAGGGUGGCUGUCCAUCAUUGAUAGACGGAACGUUCUUCUGCGUCUUGAUAUAGACCGGAUUUUUUCUCUCGUUUUUUUACGAUGCGUUUUUUCAACAAACCGGGGUUUGAGGGGUUGAUGCCAGAGCGGGAUUACAAGGAUAAAAACACGGAGGAACGGGAGGGCAAAGGGUGGGAGCGUGUUGUUGAAGUUGAAGUUGUUGUUGCGGGAAGCAGAGAGACAACCAUGGCCGUGUUAUUUGUUCAGCUUGAUUGACUGUAACUCAGUUGCAGCCUAUUCUUGUUUCUAGACUUUCCCUGGAGAGAGAGAUGCUUGUGUUCCCUGGCCCCUUAUUAUUCCUCCUCAUGAUGACUGCGUUAGUUCUCUCAACAAAAUAGAAGCAGUUCUGAA